AGUCUUUUUAUAGUGUACCAUUGUUCAUAUUUUUUGAAAUUAUAUCCAGUGCAGUGCGUUAAACAGAAAUAGCGAAUUAAAUUAUUAAUUCUCUCAACCGUAAAUAAUAAAUAUACUGAACGAUGGCUCUGAAGUCAGAUUUAAUCUGGCACAAGCUGAACGAGCGCUUAGCACGAGUUGAUCGCAACAAGAGAUCUUUCUUGGCCAUCAUUUUCAUUCAUCUUCGCCAAGAAGGGAAAAUAGUUCGGAGUGUUGUUCUAGACUGUGCUGCUCUCAAAAUAGAGGAAAUUGGGACAGGCUCCUUGUUUACUACAUCGUACCCUGCCGAACGGAUCGACGCAUCUAUCGAAAUUGACGAUGAAGACUUCUACUCGGUGGCAACGAAGCAGACCACAUUUUCCUCCCUUAUAAACCAGGAAAAGGUAAUAGUGCAGGGUAACCAGGAAUGCUUCUCGAAACUGGAUGAGAAGUUUAAGUAGAAUAGACAGAAGAAAUGUAUUCCGGAAGGAAAAAUGGUUAAAACACAGACCAACCGACGUUUCGGCAGGGUUAACAAUCUGGAAUAAAAAUUUUUAUCGACAAUUCAAUCCAAGUCCAGUCUAAAGAUCCAGUUCUGUUAGCCUGUUACCAAAAUAAACUUCUUCAUAUAUUAAGGAAUUGUAAACAAAGCUAGUGUUCAGCCCACACGAAUUUACUUGCUAAAAUAUGUUAAAAAAUAUUCAUCAUUUUCUUCUUAUAAUGUAAAAAUUAUAUACAAGAAUCCAACCGGAAGAGGAUCCAUUACUGACAAACUAACUCCAAAAUAAUUGAAGAUUUGUGAUUCUUAACUCAAUAAAUAUAUUGGAAAUAAAUGUAGCGCAGAAUAUAGAAAACACAAUAUCACAAUAGAUCGAAUAUUGCUCACGGUUUUUAGCUUUAUUUCGAGUGUGAGCAGUGGAAAACUUUUCCAUCAAAAAAUGAUUAUAUCUACAAGAUAAGCUAAUUAUUA